AUGGAUUCCCAAGUCGAAAAUGACGAGCUCUACCCCAUCGCCGUCCUCAUUGAUGAGCUGAAGGUUUGCUACAUCCAAAAUCUCCUGGCUGAUUCCGCGCGUGAGAUGCACGAUGACGUCCUCCUUCGUCUAAAUGCGAUACACCGUCUUUCUACGAUUGCUUUAGCCUUGGGUCCGGAGCGGACGCGAGACGAGCUGAUUCCGUUCCUUGAUGGGACUGCUUUAGACUCCGUUGAAGAUGAGGAUGAAGUUCUGACAGCGCUCAGUGAGGAACUGGGCAACUUCGUAGAGUAUGUUGGGGGUCCGGAGUACGGGCACGUGCUUCUCUCUCCGCUGGAGAAUCUGGCGGCGAUUGAGGAGCCUCUAGUCCGAGAUAAGGCCGUCGAAUCCCUCAACAAGAUUUGCGAGCAGCUAUCCCAAAAGCAGGUGGAAGAGGAAUUUUUACCCAUGAUCUCCCGCCUGUCAAAAGCGGAUUGGUUUACUUCGAAGAUCUCUGCCACCGGGCUUUACUGUGUCGCAUAUCGUAAAGUUUCCCCGGCUUUGCAGCAGGCCCUCCGACAGCAGUUUGGGGGUCUCGUACACGAUGAGACGCCCAUGGUGCGGAGGCAGGCCGCGAACAACCUGGCCAAAUUUGUCAAGGAGUUGCCUACUCAAGUGAUUAUAGAUGAAAUGAUUCCCUUGUUUCAAUUCCUCACGAGUGAUGAUCAAGAUAGCGUGCGUUUGCUCACAGUUGAAAUUCUGAUCUCCAUUGCCGAGGAGAUCCCCAAGGAACAGCAGUCAAGCCACGGUGUACUUUUGACGUCGUUGAGGAACUUGUUCGAGGACAAGAGUUGGAGAGUGAGGUACAUGGUGGCCGAUAAAUUUGAAAAGAUGGCCAAAGCUGUCGAUGACGAGGUUGUAACUCGCGAUCUCGUGCCGGCAUUUGUAAAGCUUCUCAAAGAUAAUGAGGCCGAAGUACGCACCGCAAUUGCUGGCCAGAUACCUGGUUUCUGCAGCUUGAUCGACCGCGAAACGCUACUUAACGAGAUCAUGACCAGCAUUGAAGACCUGGUCUCGGACCAAUCCCAACAUGUCCGUUCUGCUCUGGCUACCCAGGUCAGCGGACUGGCCCCGAUCCUCGGAAAGGACGAAACGAUCGCGCACCUUCUACCAAUGUUUCUGCAAAUGCUGAAGGAUGAAAACCCGGAGGUUCGUCUACACAUAAUCUCGAAGCUUGACAUAGUGAACAAGGGUAUGGGCAUUUCUCUGAGGCCUUCCAUAAGUGAACUCCGACAGAGCGUCCUACUGACCAUUGGCCCAGUUAUUGGUAUCGACCUCCUCUCCCAGUCACUCCUUCCUGCCAUUGUUCAGUUGGCCGAAGACAAGCAAUGGCGUGUCCGCCUGGCCAUCAUCGAAUAUAUCCCUCUUCUUGCUAGCCAGCUUGGCGUCAAGUUCUUCGAUGAAAAGCUCAGCAACCUCUGUAUGGGUUGGCUCGGGGACACGGUCUUCUCCAUCCGGGAGGCGGCUACACAAAAUCUCAAGAAGCUCACAGAGGUUUUUGGCGUGGAGUGGGCAAACGGAUCAAUCAUUCCCAAGGUCAUGGCUAUGGGACAACAUCCCAAUUAUCUUUACAGAAUGACGACUUGCUUUGCAAUCUCGACUCUUGCACCUGUUGUCAAUCUCAAUAUCAUCGAAGCGUCUAUACUUCCCAUUCUUGAUAAAUUGGUGACGGACGACAUCCCUAAUAUCCGUUUUAAUGUUGCAAAGUCGUACGCAGUGCUGAUUGAUACAUUACGACGUCUUCCCGCAGAGGGCACCCUCCAGGAUCUGGAAAAAUCGGGCCAAACGGGAACUCCAUCACCACGCGGGCUGGAACUGAUUCAGCAACGGAUCCUCCCCAAUCUGGAGAAGUUGCAGGAAGAUGAGGAUGUUGAUGUCCGAUAUUUUGCCACAACUGCCGCAGGCGGCCACGAAGAAGUUAUGCAGACCUCGCCGUAG